UAUGAAUAUAACUGUGAAAAGAAGCAAAGUAGUAAAUAUUUAUAUUAUAUGUUUGUUCCCACACUUUUCCUAUUCUUCUUGUGAGCUUCUUCAUCUUCUUAAUAAUCAACCACCAGCUCUGCUGUUUUCACUUUGAUUCCUUGCCUACUUUUGCAGAAACCUUUUUUCAUGACUAGAAAAUUGUAUAUCGCCAUAUGCCAUCAGGAGGACUUUCUAUAAUGGAUUUUGAACCUGCCUACAAAAUGGAGAGCAUAAGAACAGUCCAAGAGAUUCAGCAUGAAUUUUGGCCUCUUCGUGAAAUAGAUCCAGAGAACACUAAGUUCCCCUGUUGUUUAGUUUGGACUCCUCUACCAGUAGUCUCAUGGUUGACACCUUUCAUUGGACAUGUCGGAAUAUGCACAGAGGAAGGUUCUGCUGUGGCCUUUUCUGGCUCCAACUUUAUUAAUGUUGAUGAUUUUGCAUUUGGUUCUGCAGCCAAAUACCUUCAACUAGACAGAAAGCAGUGCUGUUUUCCACGAAACCUUGCUGCGCACACAUGUAAGCAUGGCUAUAAACACACAGAGUUUGGGUCUGCCCUUACUUGGGAUGACGCCAUUCAAUCGAGCGUUCGUCAUUUUGAGCACAAAUCGUACAAUUUAUUCACAUGCAACAGCUAUUCGUUUCUUGCUAAUUGCCUGAACAGGCUCUGCUAUGGUGGAUCAAUGGAUUGGAACAUGAUCAAUGUUGGGGCUCUUUUAUUGUUCAACGGACAUUGGGUUGACAACAUCUCAAUCUUGAGAGCAUUUUCACCUUUUAUCCUAGUUGCGUGCUUUGGCAUUUUCAUGGUGGGAUGGCCUUUUUUGGUAGCAUUAUUGGCUUUCGCACUACUUCUUUUAGCAUGGUUUAUUUUUGGUACUUACUGUCUCAAAAAUCUGUUGGAUUCCUAGGUUUCUUGUAUCACGCUGCUACAAGAUUAAAAUUUGUUAAUCCUUAAUAUGCGAACAGCUCCAGGUAGACCAGAAAGUGUAGAUUUGGUACCCAAAACUCCAGUACAAAAAGAAAAUAAGAAAAGAGAUGAUAUAGUAAUGUUCAUUGCUGAUUA